AUGGAAUGCCCAGACUUUCAGGUAGGGACAGUGUUGCUGUACGGAGUGCCGAUAGUCUCGCUGGUCAUAGAGAACCAGGAGCGACUUUGUCUGGCGCAGAUCAGCAACACUCUGCUGAAGGAGUUCAGCUACAACGAGAUACACAACCGUCGGGUGGCACUGGGCAUCACCUGUGUGCAGUGUACCCCUGUACAGCUGGAGAUACUACGUAGAGCAGGAGCCAUGCCUGUGUCGUCGCGACGGUGUGGCAUGAUCACUAGAAGGGAGGCCGAGAGGCUCUGCAAGAGUUUCCUGGGAGACAACACUCCGCCCAGACUGCCGGACGACUUCGCGUUCAGCGUCCACCACGAGUGCGCCUGGGGAUGUCGUGGAGCAUUCCUCCCCUCCAGGUAUAACUCCUCCAGAGCCAAGUGUAUCAAGUGCACCAUCUGUGGACUGUUCUUCUCCCCCAACAAGUUCAUCUUCCACUCGCACCGCACCGGGCCCAACGCCAAGUACGUGCAGCCCGACGCGGCCAACUUCAACUCCUGGAGAAGACACAUGCGACUCAGUGGCAAUCCUCCGCUAGAAGUGGUCCACGCCUGGGAAGACGUCAAGGCAAUGUUCAACGGUGGCACCAGAAAGCGGCUACUCUCCUCCACCUCCAACCCCCAGAGGUCACCUCCAGUCAAGUCUCCAGGCGCGGACCCCUCACCUCCUCCCUUCCCACUGCCUCCACCAGCACCCACCCGUGUCCCUCCCUUGCCGAUCGUCAUGGACUACGUGUGGCACAAGCACCCUCUGUCACCGUACUCCGCACUACCCUGGCUGGGUCUACCCCCGACAUCGCCCCUACUUCUACCCCCUGGGGAGGGCAAGUUGUACCCCUCGGCCUUCCACCCCGUGUACUCCGCUCCUCGCCACUCCUCUGACACCAACGACGACGAGGAGACUGUGGACAUAGAGACUUGUCCUGAAGAUGAAGUGAAGCCCUCCUGGAGCCCGGGACGUCCACGUGAAGAGAAGCCUGGAACACCCACCUCAGAGCCUGAAGUUGACGUAGGAUCUGAAAAUGUGGAAGUGGUAGAGGCGGAUAGAUCCAAGGUACCGGAGGAUGUCGCUAGUCCCGCCCCCACUUCCACCCCCGUCCAGGAGCCACCCCUCUGGUCCGUCGCCCGCCUCCACCGAGACUGGCCUGACCGCGCACUCUACAGGCAUGAGGUCGCCCGACAUCUCAGCCUCAUGAGAGAGUUGGUAGCACCAGGACCAUUGUCGGAUGCUGGCACUGGAAAUCCUGGAUUGUCUUUUCUGUCUCUACACACUCCUAUCCAAGAGAUUACCAGGACGAAAUACAAAGAGAAGAGUACAGUCAACAGUAAAGUGGACUGUACCACUUGUCAUCAGAUAUCGGGAUCGUUCAACCCAACCCAUCCAUCGCAAAACAACAAUUAA